GAAGCAAAAUUUCUCACAAAGAGUCGUAGAGAUUUAUUUUCAUUUUUUCGUUUUUCUUUGAAAAACCUCUCAAUCUCCAUAAACAAAAACCCUAACCUUCUCUUACAUCUUUCUCUCUCCUCGAGCAUUCUUCGCAGGGAGGGUUGCUUGAACAUUAUGGAUAUGGAUGAUAAAUUUGUUGCUAAAGAUGAUGAGCUAGAGAGCCUUUCUGUUGUGUGGAGGAAGUUGUAGAAAGGAAGGUUCUUGUGUUCAAAGUCUAUCUUCCAGUGUUCAGAGCACUCCAGAGAAAAAUGGUCACUCAGAUGAUGCUUCAAGAACAGCAGAGCCACUUCAAGAGUUCGUGAAGUCCGGUCUGCGGAAGGAUCUCUUUCGCACUUGCUGUGAUAAGGGAAAAAAGCAAUCAGCUUCGUCGAAACAUAAAAUGGCUGAAGCAUCCAUCAGGAUGAAUAAGAAGCUGUUAAAGAAUCAGGAUCUCAAAAAGGCAUCCACAAGUCCCAAGUGCCAGCCUUCCAGGAAACAGAACAGGAAAGGGGAAAAUCCUGUGCGUAUUCCUCCUGUUUCUGAAUCAUGUACUGAUACUAAGUUUUCAGAUACAUGGAUCUGCAAGAAUUCUGCUUGUAGAGCUGUUUUAUCGGUAGCUGACACCUUCUGCAAAAGAUGCUCUUGCUGCAUUUGCCACUUGUUCGAUGAUAACAAAGAUCCGAGUCUUUGGUUGGAAUGCACGUCCGAUUCUUCUCAUGGGGAAUCCUGUGGCUUAUCUUGCCACAUUGAGUGUGCCCUUCAGCAAGGAAAAGUAGGGGUUGUUAAUCUGGGGCAAUUGAUGCAGCUAGAUGGGAGUUACUGUUGUGCAUCUUGUGGUAAAGUUUCAGGGAUACUUGGGUACUGGAAGAAGCAAUUGACUAUUGCUAAGGAUGCACGGCGUGUUGAUAGCCUCUGCUACAGGAUAUAUUUGAGUUUUAGACUUUUUGAUGGCACGUCAAGGUUUCAAGAACUCCACGAAUUUGUUAGAGAGGCGAAGACUAAAUUGGAAACUGAGGUGGGCCCACUGAGCGGAGUCUCAGCCAAAAUGGCCAGGGGAAUCGUAAGCAGACUUGCUGUUGCAGGUGAAGUUCAAGCACUAUGUUCUGCUGUGAUAAAAAAAGCUGAUGAAUUUUCUGCUGCUGUUUCUAGUACGAGCCUGAAAACUAAAGAAGGUUCACUUCCUGCAGCAUGCAAAUUCAUUUUUGAAGAAGUAACAGCUUCUUCKGUAGUGCUUGUAUUAAUAGAACUAUCUACAGCAUUGUCCAACGAUAUUAUCGGAUUUAAGUUAUGGUACUCCAAAACAACGGAGACACACACAAAAGAUCCAGUUGCAACAUUUCCACGAUCUCAAAGAAGAAUUCUGAUCUCCAAUCUGCAGCCUUGCACUGAAUACUUAUUUAGGGUUGUGUCCUACACCGAUAUUGGUGAUUUGGGACACUCAGAGGUCAAGUGUUUCACCGGAAGUGUGGAGAUAAUUCAGAAGAACCCAAAUGCUGUUAUGCUUCCUCAUAACGAAGGAACGUCUGGUGCAAAAGAUGUUGAAUCUGAUUCCGGGUUUAAAGUCCGAGAACUUGGAAAGAUCCUCCGCUUAGCAUGGGCUCAAGAACGAGGAUACCUAGAUGGUAUUUCAGGUGCAGCUCUGAGUGGACUUARUAAAAUAAUCAAACCCGAAACUCCAAAAAUAGAUGAGUUGCCAUCCACUUCACAUGGGCUUGACUUGAAUGUUGCAACCGUCCCCGAUCURAACGAAGAGAUAGCCCUUCCGGUUGAUUCCUUUAGGGAUGAAGAGAACGGCUGUUCAGUAGGCCGAAAUGCUGAACCAGAUAACGGUAGUGGUGAAUCUGAAAACUGGGCUCACCAUCGGUCAAAUGGGGAAGUCCCAGCCGUUGAUUCACAGAUUGAAGUAUCCCGGAAAAGRCCAGCUAGCACGAUGGAAGAGACACACGACUGUGAUAGCACUCUGAUAAAUGGAUCACCCCUUGGGACCCGCAAAGGYGGAGCUGGUAGUUUGGACGAAAACUUUGAAUAUUGUGUGAAAAUCAUCCGGUGGCUCGAGUGCCAAGGGUAUAUCAAACAAGAGUUUAGAUUAAAGCUGCUCACAUGGUUCAGUUUGAGGUCAACCGAACAGGAACGCCGAGUGGUCAACACCUUCAUCCAAACCCUGAUUGACGAUCCGUGUAGCUUGGCUGGACAGUUGGUUCACUCGUUUGCCGAUAUCAUAAAUAUUAAACGACCCAGAAACGGAUUCUGCAGUAAGCUGUGGCACUAGAGAUGAUUUACCAAAAAUAGGGCAUUUUUUCUUCUUCGAUAGGGGGAACGAUCUAUAGGGAGAUACGGUUGGCGGAACGUCUCUCGUCGGACGUCGAGAGGUAAUUCAUAUUUUGUAUCAAUUUCUGAACUUUUCUCAUCAUUUUUCAAUACUUAUUUAUCUUAUGUAGGGAUCAAAUUUAGUUGUAAUUGCCUUCUGCUGCUACUCACAGAAGCAUUUAUCAAUGAACGUUUUCAUUGCCCUUUUA